AUGAACCUCCUGCUCGGCUGCUCUGUCCGCAUCCCGGGUCCUUCGGGCUCGCGGUGCGCGCUGCUCGCGCUGCUGCUACUGCUCACGCAGCCGGGGCCCUUCGCCAGCGCUGGUCCUGUCGCGGCCGUGGUGAGAGAGCUGCGUUGCGUUUGUUUAACCACCACGCCGGGAGUUCACCCCAAAAUGAUCAGUAAUAUGCAGGUGAUCGCUGCAGGUCCGCAGUGCACCAAAGUGGAAGUGGUAGCCUCCCUGAAAAACGGGAAGGAAGUCUGUCUAGACCCAGAAGCCCCUUUGAUCAAGAAAAUCAUCCAGAAAAUUUUGGACAGGUAA